GGAAAAUAACUCCCGCCCGCGCUGAUCGAGACACUGCCUUCACCCGCUUCUUCCCGCCUCGGGCAGACAUACCGCCGAGGAAUGUGCACAGGAGAAAAUAACCAAAAUGUGUCGCGCUAGAGACGAGAAAAUGGCAGAUGAUGAGAAGAACUUCGCUCUAAAAACAAGGUGACUCAACCCGAGUGUUGAUUCAUGUGCACUCAGACUACUCAAAGAGGGAUUUUCGUGCUCAGUAGAGCGUGUUGAAACCAGGGGGAAGGAUUCUCUUUACGAAACUUCACUACACCAAGACACUUGGGGAAAAAUGACUUGAGGCACUACUACCUCGCGCCCACUCACCAAGUUAAGCUGAAUGCAGAUCCAACAAGAUGAGUGCGAUAUCAAUCAAGCUGCGAGAAUUCAAGGGCCAUAAUGUGCAACACAACCCUAUACGUGAAGGAAAGCACGUAACAGGCGUAUGGCCGGGCGAAUACGGACGUAUCCACGCACCCAAGCCGAGAGACAAUCUGACUUUAGGGAAGGGCGUUACACCCCGUCCACAGACUGCGCCAGCUAGACCGACCACGGCCCCGGCACAGAUCAAACAUGCACAGCAAAGAGCACAAGAGUCCAUGAAAACCGGCCGACCUGUGACGGCCUCCGGAGGCCGUCCUGCUGUACAGCGUGACGUGUGGGGGGUUCCGAUUCAGAAGUACCCUGCUAAGUCUACUUACGAGGCAUCUUACGACAGGCGCUGGGCUUUCGGUCACCCUCCCGAGUUACGAGAGAUGAUGAUGAGUAUGAAGCCUCCACCUCCGACACUACAGUCCUACAUGUGGAAGGCGCUGUCUAGUCCUAUGGAGUUCAAAACAACCAAUCCUGACAUCGACAGGCGGCUAUGGCGUCGUCCCGAAACAGCGCCCUCUAACGUCCCUACUAGGAAAGACAUCUUCGGCAACAGAAUGCGUUUCGAGACGACCUACGGCUCGGCAUACAACCAGCCUUUCAAAUUUUCUUGGCGUUGAUAGAACGCCGGCCACCGCAUAGAAAGUGCAAAUGAAACGUGCUUUUACAUUUCUCAGGUCAAUGUUAUGAAAAAGAUGAUUUCGUGAUUAUAUCUUAUGAUUGUCAUUUCCUAUUGAAUAUGGCCACAAAAAGUGUGUAUACUCCUAUGGAGCCAUCCAUGCAACGUGGAAUAAAAUAGUACGAAUCAUCGUAGCAAACUUCAUAGAUGAUGACCACACGUCAGUUUCGCACUCCGCAUGUGUACAGUACAAAGUUUUGCCUUCAAGCUCAAAAGAGAAAUGGCACCUUUUGACGUGCAUUAGAAAUAUCUUAUUACAUUAGAUAGGAAUUGUUAUGCUGUCCACGAUGUGGGCAAUAUCAUUGUCAUCUUUUUCUGUAGAUAAUGUGCACUUCAUAUAUCACAUGUAUUGUAUGUUAUAUGUAGAUUGACCCCAACAACUUCGUCAAUAAAGAUUAUUUGUAAAAGCUUU